AUGGAGACUUUGUGUUCCUUUCUUCAGAUCAGCAGAAAUAUGUGUCAAGGAAACCAAAGCACCAUCUCUGAAUUCCUCUUCCUGGGACUCUCCGACCAGGCUGAGCAGCAGAAGCUCCUCUUUGUGCUUUUCCUGGGUAUGUACCUGGCCACUGUGGUUGGGAACUGGUUCAUCAUUCUGGCCAUCAGCUUCGAUUCUUACUUUCACAUCCCAAUGUACCUCUUCCUUGCCAAUCUAUCCUUUGAUGAUAUUUCAUCCAUUUCCACCCCAAUCCCCAAAAUGCUGAUUAAUAUUCAGACCAACAGUCAAUCCAUCUCCUAUACAAGUUGUAUCACACAGAUACACUUUUCUAUUGUGUUUGCCAUCGUCGACAAUUUCCUCUUAGGAGUCAUGGCCUAUGACCAUUUUGUGGCUGUCUGCCAUCCUCUGAACUAUACCACCAUCAUGCAACCUAAGCUCUGCAUUUUGCUCACAGUCACACCGUGGGUCCUCAGUAAUAUUAUUGCCCUGACACACACUCUUCUGCUCCUUCAAUUGUGCUUCUGUGACAACAGCACUCUUUUGCACUUUUUCUGUGACUUGGACCCUCUUCUCAAACUGUCCUGCUCAGACACAAUGAGCAAUGAGCUUGUGUUAUUUAUCACAACACACGUUAUUUAUCACAACGUGGGCUCAGUAAUCAUUACCUUUCCCUUUGCCCUCAUCCUCUUCUACGUCUGCAUUGUCAGGGCUGUUCUGAGAAUCUCAUCCACAGAGGGGAAGUGGAAAACCUUUUCCACCUGUGCCUCUCACCUGACAGUUGUAUUGCUCUUCUACGGGACCAUUGUGGGGGUUUAUUUCUUCCCAUUACUCAUUCACCCUAACAACAGAUAUGAGAUUGGUGUGGUACUAUUCACUGUGAUCACACCCAUGGUGAACCCCUUCUUCUAUAGCCUGAGGAACAAGGACACGCAAGGUGCCCUGCGGAAGUUCAUCCACGGGAAAAGCUUCCUCCCUUUGAUGCCCUGGGCAUCUGAACUCCAUUUAUUUCCAUAA